AUGGAAUCUCACCUUCUGUCAAAGAGGCUCUUCAAAGCCUCCACAUUCCUGUGUUUCUGCCCUCUUCUCGUCUAUGGAAAAGGAGGGAAUGGAAACUCAAACUUUGAUGUUUUCGAUUACAUCGAUCCGUUUAUUGGCACAUCGGACGGAGGGCAUUCAUUCCCUGGUGCAACAUUGCCAUUCGGCAUGGUCAAAGCCGUAGCAGAUACAGACGGUGCGAACCAAGGAGGCUUCGCGUCCGACGCAUCGUAUGUAACUGGCUUUUCGCAUACACAUGACUCUGGAACAGGGGGUCCCGGGUCAAUGGGGAACUUCCCUAUUUUUAUCCACCCCGGCUGCCCGGACGAUAACCUGACAAGAUGCAGUUGGCAGGAAUCAGAUAGAGCUGUUGGGUGGGAUCGAGAAUCCACUAAAGCCAAACCAGGGUUUUUUAGCAUCUCUUUGAACAACGGAGUCCAUGCGGAAAUGACCGUGACAAAUCAUUCUGCUCUAUAUAGAUUCAGCUUUCCAGAUGCUGCUCCCGAAUCUCUCAGUCCGGUUGUCCUAGUGGAUAUGGCUGACCUUCAGCAUUCACGACAUAACGGUACAGCUUCGGUAGACCCACAGACUGGUCGAUUUACCGGGAGUGCGACCUUCGAACCAAGCUACGGCAUUGGGACAUACAGAGCUCACUUUUGCGCGGACUUUAGUGGUCCUAGUAUUCGGGAUACUGGAAUUUGGCUGGAUGAGGAGGUCAGGCUGGGUAAGAGUAUAGUGUCACUCAACGCUAGUGGUUCAGGAGGAGUAUUCGCUAGAUUUACUCCACCCAAGGCGAAUGACACUAUUGAUGUACGUGUUGGAAUCAGUUUUAUGAGUGCCGAGCAGGCCUGUUCCAACGCGGAAAAGGAGCAACCCAACUUUGACUUUGAAGAUACCGUGGCGACAGCACAAGCCAGGUGGAAGGAGAAGAUGAAUGUCGUCAGUCUUGACACUUCUGGUGUGUCUACUGAGCUCCAAACCAUUUUUUGGAGUGGUAUAUAUCGCACAAUGAUCAGUCCGCAGGACUAUACCGGGGAAAACCCAUUAUGGAAGAGUGACGAGCCUUAUUAUGAUAGCUUUUACUGUAUCUGGGAUUCAUUCCGCGGUAUCCAUCAAUUGAUUACACUGGUAGAUCCCCUUUCACAGUCUCGAAUGCUUCGUAGCCUUGUGGAUAUCUAUCGUCAUGAAGGAUAUCUACCGGACUGCCGUAUGUCUUUCUGUAAAGGUCUGACACAGGGCGGAUCCAAUGCCGAUGUUCUCAUUGCCGAGGCCUACCUCAAGGGCAUUCCCGACGUGGACUGGAACACUUCCUACAAGGCUGUAGUGAAGGAUGCUGAAGUUGAGCCCGAGAAUUUCAAUGUGGAAGGUCGUGGCAGCCUUCAGAGCUGGAAGACACUUGGUUAUAUCCCAAUCCAUGAUUCUAGCACCACUGCCAAGGGACUUCGCACUCGGAGUAUAUCAAGAACCGUUGAAUAUGCAUAUGAUGAUUUCUGCAUUGCACAGAUGGCAAAGUCCAUGGGCCAUGAUGGCGACUAUCAAAAGUAUAUGAAGCGUGCCGCCAACUGGGAAAAGCUUUUCAAGCCGAACCAGACCUCGUCUUGGAGUGGCUCUAAUUACACUGGAUUUCUCCAGCCUCGGAAUGCAGAUGGGGCUUGGGCAUAUCAAGAUCCCAUGUUCUGCGGCCCAUACCUACAACCCGACUCAUGCCUCAUGGAUGAGAACGCGAAAGAGACUUACGAGGGUAGCUCUUGGCUUUACACAUUCUAUGUCCCCCAGGAUAUGGCUAAGUUGAUUACGGCUCUCGGUGGGAGGUCUAGAUUCAUCGAUCGUCUGUCAUUUUUCCACGAUUCCGGUCUCCUCAAUAUGGGAAAUGAGCAAGCUUUCUUACCCGUUUUUCAAUUCCACUACGCCGGCCGACCCGCCCUAUCCACUGAGCGCGCACACUCAUAUAUCCCACGUCUCUUUAAUACCAGUGUGGGGGGCCUUCCCGGAAAUGACGACAGCGGAGCAAUGGGCGCCUUUGCCGUCUUCAGCAUGCUAGGUCUGUAUCCUGUACACGGCCAGGACGUCUAUCUUAUUUCUGCGCCUUUCUUUAAGGAAGUCAGUAUCCGAAACAAGAUCACUGGUAACGUUGCCACGAUUCGGAACAUCAAUUUUGAUCCAAAGUACAAAUCAAUCUUUAUACAAAAUGUAACCCGCGACGGCAAACCGUGGACAAGGAACUGGAUUGGCCAUGACUUUUUCACCGAGGGCGGAACUCUUGAGAUUACAUUGGGCGAGAAGGAGAGCAAAUGGGGAACAAGGAUCGAGGACCUGCCCCCUAGUAUGAGCGAUUAUCGUUGGUGA